AUGCCGCGCUUCCUACACACGCACACCGGCAAUUUUGUCUGGAUUGAUGAUCCGGAAAGCUGCUCCUACGCCAUUCUCUCGCAUACGUGGCGCCCCGCGAGUGCAGGCGGUGAGCAGUCGUACGACGACGUCCGGAAGCUCCAGGCCGACAUAUGCGCAGCACUCGAAGCGCCCAAGUCGCGGCGCUUCAAGGUUGCACGGCCGGCAUCCCUUCUCGACCAUCCCGACCUUUCUGCGAAGAUCAAGGGCAUCUGCGCGGUCGCGCGAAAAGCUGGCUUUGACCUCGUAUGGAUCGACUCUUGCUGCAUUGACAAAUCCAGCAGCGCGGAGUUAUCCGAGGCAAUCAACUCCAUGUUCGAGUGGUAUCGCCUGGCAGACAUUUGUUAUGUCUAUCUCGCUGAUGUCCCGGAGGGAGCUACUCCCGCAACUAGCCUAGCAUUCUGGCAGAGCCGAUGGCACACUCGUGGCUGGACCCUUCAGGAGCUCAUCGCGCCGAAGCACAUCGUAUUCCUCUCUCGCUCGUGGCACUUCCUGGGUACAAAGAUGGGGCUGGCUGCGACGCUCGAAAAGGUUACGGGCAUAGACUUUGCUCUCCUGGUUGGUAGAGCUAGCUUGAGCACCUUCAGCGUCGCUCGACGGAUGUCGUGGGCGGCGAGACGGCAGACCACCCGCAUCGAGGACAAGGCGUACUGCCUCAUGGGGAUCUUCGGCAUCCACAUGUCCCCGAUAUAUGGCGAGGGCCAGAAUUCAUUCGCUCGUCUGCAGGAGGAAAUCAUCAGAAACAUCCCGGACCAGAGCAUCUUCGCUUGGGGCCGUAGCUGUCUUCUGCAAGACGAGCGGGAUGUGCGCAGCCUGAACACCGCGUGGCGCGGCCGUGCGCACGAGAGCGCUCUCCUAGCCCGGUCCCCCGAGGACUUCGAAUUCACCGUCGACGAGAUUCCUCUUUCUCCGUCGGAUUUCGCGACGAGUCUUGGCCGGACUCAGGCCGAGCUCGAGCUACCAUCACUCAACUGCGUCUUCACGCCACAAGGUGUAUCCGUCCGACUCCUCUGCCUGGACCUCGCUCUACUUCCGCUAGCCUCCCGCGCCCUCUCCACGCUUGACGAGCAAAACUCAACUUGCGAGGACUGCCAGCGCGAGUCAUCGGCUCAUUGUCUCGGCCUUCUCCAGUGCAAGAACUCCUACGCAGACGCCCUCAUCGCUCUGCCACUGUGUGUUCCAAAAUCUACGGUCGGAGAGCCUUCUGGGUUGAUUGUCACCACACAUGGAAGAUGCGCCAGAGACGAUCAUUCCCCGUUUCGCAUCGUGCGACUCAGUAGGGCGUUUCUGCAAGACCCCGCUCUUCAUCUCGCUCUCAAAUCCCGGGAAGUCUUCAUUCGCGCGCAUCCUUCCCCUAGUGCCGCGCGCGGACCAGCACCUCCUCUGGAUCCCGCACUGUCUGUCUACCUCGACCCUGGGUGCCUCCUGGAUCUCCAAACCCUCGGUUUCAGCGCAUCUGUAUUGGUAGUGGACUGCCCACCGACUACACUGGGCGAAGAGACCAUUGCGGUGUCUGCAAGGACCACGCUCGCGUACGGCGCGUACCCGCAGUGCCCCGAACAGCUAUUGGAGGUCCGGGUCGAUCUGGUGAUAGACUAUGCCGCGCGCGCCACGGUCCCGUUGAGGCUCCCACAAGUCCUAGGCCAGUGCUCCAUGAUACGGUUUUCCAUUCGGCACCUCUUCAAUAUUGCGGUAGCGCAGCCGACGGUGCCCAACCAAACAGAGGUCCUUCGGGCAGCGCCGCUCCACACGGAUCCGUCAAGUCCUCGUUACGGGCUUCACGAGGUUCGCUGUGCCGACGGAGGUACGGGAACUCGCGUGCUGAGCUGGGACUCCGACGAUCCCUCCGGAGCAGUCGACCCCCUGAAGAAGUCCAUCGAAGCCGAGUUCAUCAUCCACACCGACGCGCGCGACGGGAACGCAGAGCAAGAGCGGGGCGCGUUCGACAUACGGCUCCUGCGACUUGCACUGUACGCGGAGAAGCAUGCGCUUCAUGAGUUUGGGUUCGAUGGAUUGCGCCUGUGGAUCCAGCUUACGGAGCCGUAUCCAUUCCGGAGGAUGGUCGAUGCUGGGCGCGGCUCUCACAUAGCUGGUCUCUUCGAGGACAAGCUCGAGACGGACGAGAACCUCAUCGACGACGGUUCCGGUGUGCAUGAUCGUGAUGACACAUGCUCGUUCGCGGAGAACAACGAGGUCCCUGCGGUUUUGUUGCCACUGCCCAUUUCGCUCAGGCAGUUCGAGACUACGGACACUGAGUGGAAACCACCUCCGCUGGGGAUCCGAGCACGCGCAGUUCCGUGCGAGUGGGCCACAAGCUCGCGCCGCUCACCUCGGUGGAGCUCCAGACUUGUCCAAACCUCGGCAUUGUUUCGCAUCUCCAGAUUCAAGACGUUCGCACGCACGCCACGGAUCCGGCUCUUGGAACGUUUGAAGGCAGCAGUUAUACCUGGAGGCCUGACAGCUGAUAACACGGUGCAUUUGAACGUGAGCAACGUUUCACAAUCGUCUACACCCCUAUAAAACUGGCCGGCAUUGAGCACGAUCAUCUAUCAUCUGUACUGGUACGUGACAGCCGUAGUCUGGACGCGCAUCCUAGACCGUGUGGCAGGUUAUAGUGUACAUGUCAAAGGUUUGCUUAUACUACACCACAAGUUACGUAUCAUGUCCCCUGCGAGUUCUUUGUUGACCGUCCUUGACCCGAUUUCCUCCGGAAC